AUGAAUCAAGAGCACCUAGGUGCACUCGCCAAGCACUGCCGAGUGUGUGGUUCUCAUUAUAAAAAUAAAAAAGGCCGAGCGUACUCUUGCUCAGAGAGAAAGGUCGAUAUCCUAAAGGUGUUCGGCAUAGACAUCAGUGAAGAUGUGGAAACAACUCAUCCACAGUCCUACUGCAAGCAGUGUAACAAUAUUAUGUACAACACAGCAAAGAAAGCUAUGGACGGAAGACAAUACAACCCCAGAAAGGUGAUUGCAUCGUGGUCUGCUCACAGCGAGGACAACUGCCUAGUUUGUUCUAGUUGUAGUACUCACAGUAUUGGUGGGAGGCCAAGAAAACAACUUUAUGCACCUGGCAGGCCAGCAAAAGGCUCCUUCCGGUCAUGCAUCCAGUACGUUCACACGAUCGCUCCUCCCACCUUCUGUCAGCAAGCAACAGUAAUAGCCCCACACGAUAUUUUCGAAUGCCCUCUUUGUUUACACAUUGUAGAUAAGCCGAUCGAGCUGGCUUGUGGUAGUCUGGUCUGUGCGGGUUGUUUGUGCGAGCGCUUAAGAGUAUCUCAAAGCCUGUCGUGUCCCUGCUGCCACUCAGAGCACCUCGAUGACUUCACCACCAUACACCCUCCGUCUGAGAUCACUCUGAGGGCGUUAGGAAACAUGGAGGUCACAUGCAGUAUGUGUGCAAAACGUGGUCAUCUGAGAAAUCACAAGGCUCAUGUUGACAGCAUGUGUGGGACCACACACUUUAAGUCUGCACCUCUCAAUGCAACUGACCUAUUGAGCAUACCGGAAGACGUGAUCUUGACACCACUUGAGGAGAAGCUGAAAUCCAAGCUGAUUAAGCGUAGCAUGCACAACUCCCACACUCUAGAAGUGAAGACAGGAGGACAGCCUCUAACCUUGGUGCAAGUGAGCUCACCUAGAGUGGCCAGUGGAAGUGCCAGUCAAACCACCCUGAGACGCCGCAGUUCUGAGUUGCUAACGGUACGAAAGAGGGUGAGCGGUGGUGAGGAGGCGAUACAGAUGUGUAAUGAGGUCAGGACGACUGGGCAGGAAGAGCGGGAGAAGCUUAUCGAGCAGCUCAAGACCACUACAGGGUGUUUCCAGGUGAAAUUCUCGGUGACAGAAAGCCUGGGGAUUCAAUCGGUCCUUAAUAUACCAAUGAACAAGUUACGACUUAUGAAACGCAUGUUAGGACCAAACGUGAAGAUUGCUUCCGAGAAGAAGAUGAGGGCUGAAGCUGAUAUUCUCGCAGGGGUGGACAAUCUUAAGAGUCAGCUUGUUCCCUUCACCUUCCCACUCAAGGAUGGCAGGCACACAGUUGACAUUCGAAAUGUUCCAAUGUGCUCCACUCCGAAUCUCUGGGAGAAGAUUGAAAACAUGCUGGACUUCAAUGACGAUGAUGAGAGAGGAGUGCACCGACUGACCUGGCAUGGAGGGAAGAUACCCGCCGACGAGAUAUGGGUGAAGCUUGGUGGGGAUAAGGGAGGAGGGAGCUUUAAGAUGACCUUCCAAAUUUGCAACAUUGAUCACCCCAAUUCCCCAGUCAACACUUGUGCCUUCUGCGUGUUUGAAGCUCCAGACAAUGUCACCAACCUCAAGAUUGCUUUGCAGAGGUACGAACAUGAGGUGGACAGUCUUCACAACAAGACAUGGAGGGGAAAGACGAUCAGGGUGUUCUUUAGUGGAGACUAUGAGUUCUUAUGUGCAGCAUUUGGGUUGUCAGGUGCUUCAGGCCGACAUUGCUGCUUAUGGUGUGUGAUCAAAUCAGAGCAGCUGCGUGAUCCACCCGCCAAUGUUCCAACCAGAAGCACUGACAGCAUCCUGCAAGACCACCGCAGCUUUGUUGCAGCUGGAGGGAAACUUGCUCAUGCCAAACACUACAACAACUGUGUCAGGGAACCGUUUUUCAAGAAAAUCCCUCUGAAUCAAGUUUGCCCCCCAGGACUGCAGUUUAGGGAUUUUCUAUCGCCUGUUCUCCAUUGAUGGAAGAUGAGUGCCACCAGCUGGACAUGGAAGUCAGAGGAGAACAAGACAGUCGAGAGAGGGGUGGCCCAUCUUACUCCCACUAUGU